AUGAGUCGCUACGAUUCCAAUCCCUUUGACGAAGACGAGGUCAAUCCAUUUGCGGAUCAAUCGAAGGGGAAAGGACCAGGACAGUCUAGCUAUGGUGGUGGUGGAGGUGCCUUCUACAUGCCGAAUCCAGGUGUUGCCCCUGCAUCUUCAAGGCUUUCACCUCUCCCUCCAGAACCUUAUGAUCGUGGUGCAACGGUCGAUAUUCCACUGGAUAACGCAAAAGAUAUUAAAGCCAAGGAGAAGGAACUCCAAGCUAAAGAGGCUGAAUUGAAGAAGAGAGAACAGGCAUUAAAACGUAAAGAAGAUGCCAUGGCACAAGCUGGAAUAGUAAUUGAAGAGAACAACUUCCCUCCAUUUUUUCCUCUUAUCCAUCAUGACAUUGCCAAUGAAAUACCUAUCCAUCUACAAAGGAUACAAUAUGUCGCUUUCACCACUUUGUUGGGUCUGAUAUUGUCUCUUUUUUGGAAUGUUAUUGCUGUUACCACAGCCUGGAUUAAAGGAGAAGGUCCAACCAUUUGGUUUCUCGCUGUCAUUUAUUUCAUAUCCGGGGUUCCCGGGGCCUAUGUUUUGUGGUAUCGCCCCCUCUACCGGGCAAUGAGGACUGAUAGCGCUUUGAAAUUCGGGUGGUUUUUUCUGGCAUACCUGUUCCACAUUGGUUUUUGCAUCUUAGCUGCGGUUGCACCGCCUAUUAUCUUCAAGGGGAAGUCGCUUGCGGGGAUUUUGCCUGCAAUUGAUCUUCUAGGUACCAAUGCCCUAGUGGGGGUAUUCUACUUCAUUGGAUUUGCACUUUUUACAGUUGAAUCCCUUCUCAGCAUCUGGGUUAUCCAGCAAGUCUACAUGUACUUCAGAGGCAGUGGGAAAGCUGCAGAGAUGAAACGGCAAGCCAUGAUGGCUGCACUAUGA